UUCAGUUCGCCAGGCCGUUUUGCGUAUUCGUAUUCGAAUUGUUACCGUGUGCGGACUGUGCCGACGGGCAGCGGAACUCAGGCGGUGCAACUUGAGUGCUUGAUAAAUUUGUUGUAUUGAAACCCAACCGCAAAUACAAUUUUCAAUUGCCUGCGUGCGUGUCUUCAACGCACAAACAUACGAAUAUAGCAUUUAAUUUUGUUCAUUAUGUGUGCAAUUAAAUAGAAAAAAAAUUGUGUGUGAAAUAACAGAAAAAACAGUGCGGCGAACAGAGGCAGCAACAAAUUAAACGCGUAAAUUGCGUAGCAAAUUCUGAAUGAAAAAAUUCAACAAAACCAGAAAGCGAAACAGGAGCGAUAAGCUUACCAACUAAAGAAACUCACGCCUAACAGAAAUACCCAACACUGCCAUAUUAAAGCAAAGAAUAUAGAACUGUUUUGAAGACCAGAUCAACCAAUCUACCUCGACUUCUGGGCCAACAAGCAAAAGAAAACUAAACUCAAUGCCAGAACCCAAUUUCCCGAUAGGAAAAUGGAACAGGCAAUAAGCAAGACCACAUAGAGGAGAUUAACUAAACCGAUCCGUUGAGAUUACACAGUCGAGAUCAAUAGAACCCAUUGAAGAUCGUUCGAACCAACUAGUUUUUUAGAUUUCCAUUAGAAGCCAAAAUGACGAAGAGCAAUGGCGAUGUGGAGGCGGCAACCCAGGUGCAAAAUCUGGGCGGAAAGCCCAGCAACGGACAUGGCCAGCUGAAUGGGAAUGGCUAUCAUCAGAACGGCGGACGCAGGGAUUCCAGUCAAGCCUUCACACCACUGCUGUCGCAGCACAAUAAUGGCACCACCAAUGGCGAGGUGACCACUCCGCCUCCGAGUACAGUGCUCUACGAGAGCACACCGAGCAAUAAUAACGAGUGGAAGGCUCCGGAGGAUCUGGGCCAUCUGAAGAACGGCCUGGGCAACAUACUGAGCAGUAAUAAUAAUGGCACCGGCAAUGGGCACAGUCUCAGCGAAAAGUAUGCCCACGAACAGGCUCCCCUGACCGGAGGUUACAAGUUGCCACCUCGCUCCAGUGAGUCCGAGGAAUCCGAUUUCGAUUCCGACCUCAAUGGCGGCUCCUCCGCGGAAUCCAGCUCCAGUUGCGGCCUCUUCGGCUGCCGGCCCAAGUGGGCCAGGAGAUUCGCGUCCACGCACGUCUUCAUGGUGGUCUUCCUGCUGGCCUACAUCCUGCAGGGCAUGUACAUGACCUACUUCGUCUCUGUGAUCACCACCAUCGAGAAGCUAUUCCAGAUCAAGUCGAAGACCACGGGAAUUCUGCUGAGCGCCAGUGAGAUGGGUCAGAUAUGCACGGCCAUGUUGUUGACCUACUUCGCCGGCAGAGGACAUCGUCCAAGAUGGAUUGCCUGCGGCAUGGUCCUGUUCUCCAUCGCCGCCUUCUCCUGCGCCCUGCCGCAUUUCAUCUUCGGCGAGCAGCUGAUGCACUCCAGUGUGAUUCUCCAGCAGACGCAGGUCUCUCCCGCCAAUAAUUCCUUCUCGUCACACUGGCUGAAUGCCAGCAGUGAACAGGUUAAUCCCAAUCUGUGCAUUUUGGGUGGCAACCAAACCCAUUCGGGCAGCGAGUGCAACGAGGAGCGCCAGCUGGAGCAGGCUUCCCACUCUAAGAUCACCGUCAUCGUGCUGUGCAUCUUCUUUGGCAGCCUUCUCAGCUCGGGCAUUGGGCAGACCGCCGUGGCCACCCUGGGCAUUCCCUACAUCGAUGACAAUGUGGGCAGCAAGCAGUCGCCCAUGUACAUGGCCGUCACCAUUGGCAUGAGGAUCCUGGGACCAGCAUCUGGUUUCAUUUUUGGCAGCUUCUGCACGCGCUGGUAUGUCAACUUCUCGAAUCCCGGCUUCGAUGCCACCGAUCCGCGCUGGAUUGGCGCCUGGUGGCUGGGGCCCGUGGCCAUUGGCAGCCUCAUGCUGCUGGCCUCCAUUGCCAUGUUCUCGUUCCCCAAGCAGCUGAGGGGCAAACAGAAGCCGCCGGGGCAGACGGCCACUCCAGCAGCUCCAGUUGAGCCGGAGGAGAAACCCAAGCUAAAAGAUUUUCCCAAGACAGUCCGUCGCCAGCUGAGCAACGACAUCCUGAUGUUCCGCACCGCCUCAUGUGUGUUCCACCUGCUGCCCAUCGCCGGUCUUUAUACGUUCCUGCCCAAGUAUCUGGAGACCCAGUUCCGGCUGGCCACCUAUGAUGCCAACAUGAUCGCCGCCUUCUGUGGCAUCCUGGUCAUGGGCAUAGGUAUUGUCAUUUCCGGGCUCUUCAUCCUGAAGCGGAAGCCCACUGCCAGGGGCGUGGCCGCUUGGAUCGCCUUCACAGCCCUCGUCUACUCGGCGGGCAUGAUCAUCCUGAUGUUCAUCGGCUGCAGCAUGAACGACUUUGCCGGCUACAAGCCAAGCGAUGGCAACAGUCCCGCCUUGAUCGAGCCCACGUGCAGUGCCGCUCUCAACUGUACCUGUGAUAAGGAGAACUUCGCGCCCAUCUGCGCCGACGGCAAGAUGUACAUCUCGGCCUGCCACGCCGGAUGCAGCAGCUCCUCGCUGCGGCCCAGCGACAAUCGCACGCUCUACUCCGAUUGUGCUUGCAUUCCAGAUGCUCCGGAGGCGGUCAACGGUUACUGUGAUAAUAACUGCAAAAACUUCAUCUACUUUAUACUGAUCUUUGCCAUUUGCGUAUUUAUGCAUUCCACCUCCGAGGUGGGCAGCAUGCUGCUCGUCAUGCGCUGCACACACCCCAAAGAUAAGGCCAUGGCCAUGGGUGUGAUACAGUCGGCCAUCGGCCUGUUCGGCAACGUUCCCUGUCCCAUCAUCUACGGCGCAGUGGUGGACUCCGCCUGCCUCAUCUGGAAGUCGGUGUGCGGCAAACACGGCGCCUGUUCGCUCUACGAUGCGGAUACCUUCCGGCAAUAUUUCCUAGGAAUCACGGCUGGCAUUAUGUUCCUGGCAUUCCUGAUGGACCUGGUGGUGUGGCGCAAGGCGCAUCGCAUCGACAUCGCGCCCGAGGAUCCGCAGGAGGGCGGGCCCGCUUCCAACGGAAGGACCUUGGAGGUGUCCGAGUCCAAGCAGCCCAUCACCCCGGCGCCGGACACGACGGUCUAGGAGGAGCGGGUCGGCGACGAGCCUUGCACAAGCUGCAGGAUUUCCAAUAAACGUUUACCUUAAUUGUUAAUUAGUUAUCAUUUGUCUAGUUUGUUAGCCUAGUGCAAGAGUUAUGUAUUUAGUUAAGUGGCAUCUUCGAGCGUCGGGAGACCUCAUUCAAAUCCACAUUAGAACGCGCUCGUCCAGCUCCCGAUCCCGAUCCCGCUCCAAAUCCCAGCACCAUAUUCUACAUGAAACCGCUGGAUUGCGAUUUGAAUCCUUGUAAAUCUCAACGCGAAACAAUGAAAUGAAAUUCUAGACAUUAUCUAACGUCAUGCAUGAGCGUAGUUAAUCGACAAGCUAAUACUACAAAA